ACAAAGUUUGGACAAGAAAAAAGGGGGCUGGGAAACACUCUGAGCUCCAACAUCUCUCAGAUUAGAGACCCUAGGCUGAACUUCAUCCUUUGAAAAGGCUUUUGAAAUCAAUAUGAAGUUUAUCUCCUUCUGGACUCUCUUGAACCUGCCUGUUGCUCUGGCUUUUGAUCCAAAUUACCGAAAUGACAUCACUCCCCCAUACCUGGUCUACCUGAAAUCUGAUUACUUGCCCUGUGUUGGAGUUCUGAUCGACCCCCUUUGGGUGAUCACAGCUGCACACUGCAACUUACCAAAGCUUCAGGUGGUCUUGGGGAUUACAAAUCCAUCAAAUGACAAUGAAAAGGAUAUACAAGUAGUUGGCCAUGUGAAGAUGAUCCAACAUCCAUACUUCUCAACCACUUCUAUUGAGCAUGACCUCAUGUUAAUCAAGCUGGGAGAAAGUGUUGAACUCAAUGACUAUGUGAAACUGGUCAACCUGCCUGAAGAACCUGUCCAUGAAGGAACCAUGUGCAUGGUCUCUACAUGGGCCUACAACCUAUGUGAUGACUCCAAGGAGCCCAACUCACUGCAGAAUGUGAACAUCUCCAUAGUCUACAGGAAUGAGUGCCUUGAGGCCUAUAAAACUUACAGGAUCGAAGAUAGUAUGCUGUGUCUGGGCAUCGUUCCAGGAAGGAGGCAACCCUGCAAGGAAGUCACAGCCGCCCCAGCAGUCUGCAAUGGGGUACUUCAAGGAAUAUUGACUUUUUUGGAUGGAUGUGUUUUGAGAGCUGAUGUUGGCAUCUAUACCAGAAUCUUUAAAUACAUGUCCUGGAUUAGAAAUACAAUGGGAAACUACUGAGCUGCCACGACAGGAAGUCUAGAUCAUGUGACACAGGCUGUCCCUAUGUCCAGCCUCACACUGAAGUCUAAAUAGAUGCUCUCGGUCACACCAGCAUGCCUGUAUGCCUUCUGCUCAACAGA